AUGGCAAAUAAACGCACCGACGAAGAAUUGCCGCCACGGCCGGCGUUCCCGAUCCCCGACUUCCCUGCACCCACGCAGCCGGAGCCGUACUACGCCUCCUACGAGACGGGAGUGCCUAUUGCGAUUGAUCUGGGCCGAUCGACAACCAGGAUUGGACUGGCCAAGGAGACAAGCCCCAACAACGUAUUUCCGACGGUGAUGUCGCGGUUCAAAGAUCGCCGCGUCAACAGGAUGAUUACGCUGGUUGGAAACGACAUGUACCUCGACAAUGUGUCGAAAUCGAAUAUUCGGUCUGCUUUUGACGGCCCGAUGAUUAAUAACUGGGACGUGAUCGAGAAAGUGCUAGACUACGGGUUUCUGCACUGCGGAGUGUCUUCUCAGGGCAGGGUGGACAACCCAAUUGUCAUGAACGAGGUUCUGGCCACGCCGUUGCAGCAAAGAACAAGCAUGAUGGAGCUGCUCUUUGAGGCCUACAACGUGCCGAAACUCGCUUUUGGGGCAGACUGUCUGUUCAGCUACUACCAGAACGGAGGCUCAACAGGACUCGUCAUAGGAACAGGGCACGAUGCGACGCACGUGAUCCCCGUUGUCGAGCACAAGCCGGUCCUGUCCAUUGCCAAACGACUAGACUGGGGCGGGAGACAGGCGACGAAUUAUCUGAUGGAUUUUAUUGGGCUCAAAUACCCUUAUUUCCCCACCAGGCUCACGACUUUCCAGAUGGAGAAAAUCAAACAGGACUACUGCUAUGUUUCCAAAGACUUUUCGGAGGAGAUCACACACUACUUGGAUCUGGAAAAUUUAGAGAAGAACGACAUAGUUUUGGAAGUUCCGUUCACCGAGGUUGUGAAACACCAAAAAACCGAGGAGGAGCUGCAAUUGGAAGCCGAAAGGAAGAGAGAGCAGAUCAAACGGCUCCAUGAGCAGGCUAGAGAGCGUCGGUUGGAGAAACUGGUGCAGAAAGAGGCAGAUUUUAGCUAUUUCACCGGACUGAAAGAGCGCAUGAAGAGCAUGAACAAGCGCGAGCAGAUAGACGUGCUGCGGAACGAGGGGUUUCAGGAUGAGUCCGAGAUGAACAAGCAUAUAGCCAAUCUUGAGAAAUCGCUGAAAAAGGCCAGAAACGAGGAUAUUGGCGAGAACACCAGCGAGGAGCCGCCUUCGUUCCCGCUGCUGGAGGUUCCUGACGAGCAAUUGAGCGAGGAGCAGAUGAAGGAGAAGCGCAAGCAACGUCUGAUGAAGGCCAACUACGAUGCCCGGAUGCGCGCAAAGCAGGAGAAAGAGCUCGCCAAAAAGGAGGCCGAGGAGGCUGCCGAAAGAGAUAGAAAAUGGCGAGAGUCUGAUCUGAGUGGAUGGAUUUCUGAUAGGCGCGAGCGGCUGGAGAAGCUGAUUCAGCGCGUCAAGGAGCGCAAGCGGCUGAAGGAGGAGCUGACAGACAGAAAAAGUCGUGCUGCGCAGAACAGGAUGAAAAAUAUAGCAUCUUUGGCAGACGAGGACAGGGGCGCCGGCAGACGGAAAAAGACCGGCAACGUGACCAUUGACAACGACCCGAACGACACGUUUGGUGCUAACGACGAGGACUGGGCAGUUUACCGGGCCAUUGCUCGCGAGGAAGACGACGAUGCAGAGGAGGAGGUGCAACAGGAGAUUCUCAAGAUCGAGGAGGAAUUACUAGAGUACGAUCCGAAUUUCACGGUCGAGGACACGUUACAGAGACAGUUUGACUGGCGCAACUCGCUCAUCCACCGGUUUUUGAGGGGUCCGCGGAAUUUCGACCCCGAAGACCAGCACCAGCAGCACCAGAUCCACAUCAACGUGGAGCGGAUCCGGAUCCCGGAAAUAUUGUUCCAGCCCUCAAUUGCGGGCGUGGACCAGGCGGGCAUUGUGGAGCUGGCUGAAGACACGCUAUUGAGAAGACUGCCGGGAGAGAAGGGUUUUUCUGGAGACGACUCCACGGAGAUGAUGAAGGAUGUGUUCAUCACCGGAGGCCAGUCGUUGUUCCAGAAUUUCCAGGAACGGCUGGAUUCUGAUCUGCGCGCCGUGCUCCCUGUUGGCUCUCCUUUGCGGGUGAGAAGAGCACAGGACCCGCUGCUCGACGCCUGGCGCGGAAUGGCCAAAUGGUCGCUCACAGACGAGGCAAGACACAGCUACGUUUCCAGACAGGAGUACGCCGAGUACGGCGCAGAAUACAUGAAGGAAAAUAACAUGGGCUGUGUUAGACUAUAA